AUGAAAUUCACAGCUUCGCUGCUGCUCCUCAGCAGCAGUCUCCUCCCUACGGCCCUCGCGCAGAACUCCGACUCAGAAGUUACCGCUUCGUGGACAGAGCAGGGUGUUUGCGCAUACUUCUACGAGAAACCUGGCGCGUGGAAGUCACUCGCCGAAACAUGCGUUAAGUACUGCGAGAACAACGGCGGACAUGGUUACUCUGAAUGCGACCAUACGCCAUACGCGAGCAUGAGCCUUCCCGACGGCAUCGACCAGAGUAUCAUCAGUAAAGAUGACUCAGGCGACGUCUACGUUCCGUGCAAGUGCAAGUGCGAUAACCCUGAUGUCGAGGGAAUCGCUACCGCUAUUCUGGACGUUGUUAUCGAGGGGUUGAGCAAGCUCGAUGAAAUCAUUUGCGGUGUCUUCAUGACGGCCAUGGUGUCCGUUGUCGAGGUCGGCAUCGAUCUCAUUCCCGGAGGUGCGGAAGCCACUGCAGCAGCCAGAGGUGUCGAAGCAGUCAAGUCCUUCACCGAGAACGCUCUCGAUGUCGCCGACUCCAUGGGUAACUGGGUCGGCAAAGCCUGCGGUAUCGACGAUCCGAACUGGCCCAACAGCAUCUUUGAUGUGCUCUUGACAUCUCCUGAUUCCUUCGGUACGAGCAUUGGGUGCAAGAAGAAGAACAAGGCAGACUGCAAGAGCGUUGAUCCGGUGCCGGAUAAGCCGAAGACGAAGGGUGGCGAUGACCCAGCUACUAAGGGACCUGACCCGGCUACAAGUGCGCCGAACGCGGACCCUACGACUGCGGACGCGCCGCCUGCUACGUCUGAUGCUGCUCCACCUGCUACGUCUGAUGCUGCUCCGCCAGCCUCAACCGAUGCUCCGCCUGUCUCUAGCGAUGUUCCUGUUUCCAGCGAUGUCCCUGCUUCAACCGACGCUCCUGUCUCGAGCGAUGUCCCAGCUUCAACUGAUGCUCCUGUCUCUAGCGAAGUCCCCGUCUCUAGCGAGGUCCCAGUCUCAAGCGAUGUCCCUGCUUCAACAGACGUCCCUGUUUCCAGCGAGGUCCCUAUUUCUAGCGAUGUCCCUGCUUCUACCGACGUCCAACCCACGAGUGUUGACCCUUCUGCCAGCGUCGACCCUUCUGCUACACCUUCAGUCGACCCAUCAGCUACAAAUAGUGUUGACCCUUCGAUAACAUCCAGUGCAGACCCAUCAGCGACCAGUGGUACCGCCACGACCUCUUCAUCCUCGUCCUCCGAAUCUUGCGGCUCCGGAAGUACUGUGGUCCAGAGGCGCGGUGCUUCGCAGACCGCCGGCGCUCCGGCGUGCGAGGCAACGAAUGCCUGCGUUAUCACCAACCCCGACGUAGGAGGUGAAGACCUUGACGCCGAUUUUGCGGAUGCUCUCGAUGCCGUAUCAGAUGUUGCAGACAUCCUCAGGCUUCGUGGAAUUGACGGCCAUCGUAGCCCACGUAGCCUUUUACACAAGCGUGCACCGAAGAGUGGAAACCCGUGUUCCGCCAGCCCCGGAAACGAGGCUUUCGUCCUCCAAUCAGACGACUAUCCCUCAAACGGCAAGCUUGACGCCAAUACCGAUUCCUGGGGGUACAUUAAGCAGAACAACAAGUGUGAUUACUCGUGGCUUGAUGGCAAGCCGCAGAUCACUGGUAACACGUACGACAGCGAGCAUGUGAUGGAAUGGCAAACAGUUACCGACUUCUUCAAGAAGCUGAAUGCCAAGGGUGGCCAGAAGUACGACCACCCAGACCCCAGCCAACCUGAUGGAACCAAGACCGACUUCUGCACCUACUGGAUCCAGUCCUGGAGUCUUGAUGCAGGACAGGAAUUCUCGAUCAACAGCAGCGCCCCUUACACCCCGUGGAACCACAUUAAGACCGUGUACCCUGGCAACACUCUUGGCGCGGCGUACAAAUCCGAGAUGAUAAGACUCCAGAGGAACAUCAACUCGACUCCCAGGUCCAACAUGUUCUCCGACAAGAACGACUACAUCUGGACAAAGACAGACAUGGACAAACUAGUCACGUCGAAUCGAGACAAGGUCCUCGAGCGCAUGCGCCUCCUCCUGGGUGUACGCACCUACCUCAUGAAUUCAAAGGUCAAGGAAAUCUUCAAGAAACAAAAGGAGCGCAUGGGCGCCAUGAUCGGCCAGCUCGAUACAGACAUGACGACCCACACGCGCACGCAGACCGUGACAGACCCCGUAACGGGCACCACGUCCACCGAGACAUUCCGCCCUUGGGUCAGCCAGAACCUGUUGACGGAGUGGAACACGUUCAUGGACUCGAAGUGGACGGACGCCACGACGAAGCACGCGAAGGUUAUGAACUACUUCAUUAACGAGCUUGAUGAUAAGCAUUGCCAGAGCAGGGCUAAGCAGUCGACGGCUGAUAAGCAGUUCUGCUCGAACUUGAGGACGCUGCAGUCGAAGUACAACACGGCGACGAUUUUCUCGCAGCCGUGGUAG